AGUCCAGCGGAAAUAGGCACAGAAUCCUAUAUGAAUCGACGGUCGCCUUCUCGCAAUCCAUUCUUCGCCUUCUGCUUCUCCCUCCCCCUCCAGAGCUGUUUGUACAGUAAUGGCGUCCAAGACCACGAGCAGCGACAGGAACUCCUUCUCCUCCUUCAAGAUCGGAACUCCGGUAAUGUCCUGCCAAGCGCUGCACGGCCCCUUCGAGGUCGUCCAGGUCGUGCUCAGGCUUCUCGCCGUCGUCCUCUCAGCCGCGGCGAUCGCCAUCAUGCUCAAGAGCCGGCAGUCUAUACUGAUCUUCGGGAUCGAAUUUGAUGCUCGUUAUAACUAUUCGUCGGCGUUCAAGUUCUUGGUCGGCGUGGACGUUGCGGCGUGCUUUUGUUCGGUGCUUUCACUCAUCCUCGUGCUGCUGAGCAGCUCUUCGGAAUCGAAGAAAACCAACUAUUUCUCCGUGUUUUUGCAUGAUCUGGUCAUAACCCUGCUGGUGAUGGCGGGAUGCGCGGCGGCGACGGCCAUCGGGAUGGUGGGGCAGUACGGGCAAAACGCGUCCGGCUGGAUGCCAAUCUGUGAUCGGGUGGGCAAAUUCUGCCACAAAGCCACAGCCUCUGUCGCGUUGUCUUUCACGGUGUUGUUCUGCUACUUGGCUCUCACAGUCACGUCUGUCUGCAAGCUCAAGUCCUCUCCCACCCCAACAGCGGUGAAUUUACAGGAAACCACUCCUUUUUAGGAGGAGAUGCUUUUUAAGUUCUUUCUUCUUCUUCUUCUUCUUCUUCUUCUUCUUCUUCAUGUAGAUUAUGAAUUUGCAGCACUUCUGUCUCUCCCUUUCUACGCAGUUAUGAACGUAGGCGUGUUUUUGCUUUAGGCUUCUUUAUCUUAUGGUUUUCGUUAGUUUUUGUAGAUAUGUGACGAAUUCCAAAAUUUUAUUUGCGAAAGAUGAUAUUCCUUCA